UUCAUCUCAAAAUAGAAAAUAGAUAGAAAUAAAGGGAACUAGUUUUGUGUGGGUAAUUCAAUUAACGAAUUACUAAAAUUUGUUAAUUAUAUGAUGUUGUAUGAUUCUGAAAUAUAAAUUUAUGUCUGAAACUUUCAGAUGAUAUCUCGAAUGAUAAAUUUUGUUCAUCUCGCAAUCCAAAUCUCAACAGUAUGUUGUCUAGUGUUCCAUGAACUAAUUUUUUAUGAGAAACCGUUUUACAGAAAAAUCUUUGUUAAUUUUAAAUUCUAAAUUUGUGUGUUCUAAAUUUAAUUCCCUUGUUAAAUUUUAGUGCAAAUAUUUCAGUCAUUUGAAAGGUAUUGAAUCUCAAAAAAGAAACGUCAUUCAUUGAAAUUAAAAAUUCUUCUCUAUUUGGUGAAUUCAAGGAGAGCAGUUGCAAUUCAGAAUUGCUCGCACAAAUUCCAGACAAUAUGAAUGAGGUCAAUAUUAUUGAUGUGAGUCAGAUAAUAUUCGAUAAUGAUGAAACUUGGUUGUAUGAAUCAAUGAAAGGUCAUAAAAUAGACACAAAAGUAGAUAAUUUCAUAAAACAGCAGACUGAUACCUUAAAUGAUUAUCUGGUCAAAGACCUAACCCAAGACAUAUGCUCAAAGGAGAGUAGCUCAAAGUAUAUCAAUACACAAACAUUUACUAGGCCUAAACGAAAGUUCAUCAGACCAAGUAUUGAAAAAUAUAAUCAGGAAUUUUUUAGUGACAAUGAACCAAUAAACAGAUCAAGUUCCCCUGAAUCUCCAUUGAGUAAAACAUCUGUAGAACAUUCACAAAUGAAACCUUUAGAAUUUGAUUUGACACAAUCAGUUACAAGUCAUUACUUUGAUAGAAUUGCUGCAUCUCUUGAAAAUGAAGAUACUUUUCAAAAUGAGUCUCUUCCUAGUCUCGUUAAUUCUAUGUGCAGUUCAACCUUCACAAAUUUGAUGGAGAGUAGUUUAAUUAAGAAUGAUCCAGUUUUAAAGCAGAUCUGUGAUACAGAUUUCACCACAUCAAUUCUUAGUCAAGGUUCAGAACCUUCUUCUCUUCUGCAAUCAAAUUAUAGUACUAAUGAUGUGGAUGAGUUCCUAACCAAAGUUUCACAAGACGAUAUUUUGAAAUCUAUAGAACUGAAUGGAAGCGAGAUGAAAUGUUCAGGUGAUGCUUCUUAUAUUGUACAUAAGAAGGAUGACUGUGAAAAAGAUAAAAGAACUCCUAAUAUAAUGGAUUUUGAGGAAUACCAUGAUGCUUGUGAUGCCAAUUUCUUAGAAGGCCAAAACCAAUUUCAGAAAAAUUCAACCUUUAGAAAAAACAGUAAACUUAGCAGUGCUACAUUCAGAAAGACUGAUUACAAUCGUUCAGUGUUAGGACGCAAUCACACUUACGAAAUUGAUCCGAAAGAUGUGGAGGAGGCACGUAAUGUGACAAUGACCUUUGAAUCUCCAAAAUCUAGUAGACCUUGUAUUUUAAAGAGCAGAAAUGAAACAAUUGUUAAGAGCAGUUCGAUGGAAGAUUUCAAGAACACAACUGUUUUAAAAGAUUCCUGCAAUAAUGACUUGAACAGGUAUGCUUCCAAAGAAAGUAAUUUGGAGGUUGAUAGCAUCAAUAGCAAAGGUGGAUCUAAGAAAUCGUUGGAUUGUUCAAUUGGCUCUGCGGACAGUUUAGAUCGGAUGUCGACUCUUUCAAGCAGUAGUAAGGGAUCAAAUAAAAUGCUUAAUAUGGAAGAGAUUGAAGCCAUCGCUGAAAAACAGGAACAAACCUCAGAUCACCCCUUUUCCCUCCAUCAAGAUACGAAAACUGGUCUUCAAGUGAUGUCUACCCCAAAACCAAAUUGGUCUAAAAAGGUGUUCAAUAGAAUCAUGUGGGAACAUAGCAUUAUUUCACCUAUUGUUACAUCGGAGAUCCAAUCUGAUUCUGGGGAGUCAAGUGAUGAAUAUAAAAGUGUAAAGUCUUCCUUUUCUAAAAAUUCAGUGGAAAGCAAUCCUGUGAAGCAAACAAGGAGCUUGGUGUCUCUCCAGGAUCCUUCAGACGCACGAAAGCUGAAAAGUAUCAAUACUGUGAUCAACCCAAAUAACUUGUGCAAAGUGCCAAUGAGGGGAUCCACAAGUAAUCUCCAAAAAUUCAAUGCUCCCGUACCAAAAAUUUCACAGAUGAGAGUUCCAUCUGCAACUUCAAUCACCUCCAAUUUGAAGACAAUGAAACCCAGUCUGAAAGGCUCUUACACCAGUUUGAAACCCGUCAACACUUAUUUGCCUGUAGCGCCACCAAUAAACGCUCCAUCACAGGGACAAAAUACAACAUACUUAGCGCCGGUAAAUCCUAAUGCUCAACACCAUGGAAUUAGAAAUAUUAGGAAUCAAGGGACUGAUACAACUGUGAUUAAAAUGUCUGGUGAUGGAGUGUUUCUGAAGCCAAGUGGACCACUCAGGAGUGGUCUUCCUAGGCCCACGUCUUCAACUAGCAUACCAAAACCUGUUUCACGAAUACCAGGUCCAAGAAGAUUCAUUUCGCAAAAGCAGGAUCCUUCUAGAAAAGGAAACUGAAAUUAUGUUCUCACAAUACUAAUCAGAAUAUUAUGGAAUUUGUUGAAGUGCCUUAAAUUUGUUAGAAAAGCUGUCGAUAAAUUGAAUUCAACGCAUAUCUAUUGCCUCUUUAAAUUAUUCUUUAUGUGUUUAUAUUUAUACAAUUUUUGUACAAUGAUAAAUCUAUUAUUAUUAAAUAUUAUUUAACUAAUGAUGAUACCCUUGUAUAUAGAAAUUUUGACAAAAACUUAUAAAAACUGCUAAUUGGGAGUUGAACUCUUACAUAGAUUUUACAACUAUUUGUAUAAUCAUCUACAAUAAUGAACAAGAGAAAUAUUUACUUAUACUUUUAUAGCAGUGUAGACUGGAUAUAAUAAACAACUGCUUUUGUUAA